ACAACUACUACUACAACUACCACCACUACUACUACUACCACUACUACUUCUGAUACCUGGCUGGUCGGCAGACUGUGACGGCUUUGUACUUCCCUCAAACGGGAUCCCAGCCCUAAAACGCCCUCGCGACCUUUCUCGACCAUGGCCUACCCGCUCUCCUCCAAAGCCGCCGUGGUCCCCGAGCCAGGCGCCCAGCACAUCAUCACGCACCGCGCCCUGGGUCCGGUGAAGUCGGGCGAGAUUGGCAUCCAGAUCACCGCGACGGCGGUCAACCCGGUCGACUGGAAGAUGCGCGACUACCAGGCGUUCAUCAGCGAGUACCCCGCCGUGCUGGGGUCGGAUGCCGCGGGCCAUGUGGUGAGCGUCGGGCCCGACGUGGCCGGCUUCGCCCCGGGGGACCGCGUGUUCUUCCAGGGCAUCGUCGGCUCGUACGACUCCUCCACCUUCCAGCAGUUCUGCAAGAUGCCCGCGGCGCUCGUCUCCCACACGCCCGACCACGUCAGUGACGAGGAGGCGGCCGGGAUCAGCCUGGCGACGGUGGCCGGGGUCACGGCCUUCUACCACACCGACGGCCAGGGGCUGCCCCCGCCGUGGGACGCAGGCGGCGCGCAGGUCGGACGGGGCCAGGCCAUCGUCAUCCUCGGGGGCGCCUCGUCCGUGGGCCAGUAUGCCAUCCAGCUGGCCCGCCUGUCCGGCUUCGACCGCAUCGUCACCAACGCCAGCCCCGCCAACCACCCCUGGCUCCGCGGCCUCGGUGCCCACGUCGUGAUCGACCGCAAGCACUCGGACGCCCCCUCGUUCGCCACGGCCAUCGGCGACCUCCCGCUCCGCUUUGUGUUUGACGCCAUCUCGAUCCGUUCCACGCAGGUGCUGGGCGUGCAGAUCCUGCAGGCCACCGGGACGCCCCACGGCCACGUUGUCACGGUGCACACCGUCCGCCCCGAGGGGGUCGAUGCCGAGGCCGUGGCGCUGGGUCAGUCGCGGGCGCCCCGGGUGGGCAUCAAGCAGGUCCUGGGACUCGGCAGCGCCCCCUACCUGCGGUACCUGAGCGAGCCGCUGGCCCGCCACCUGACGGAAUACCUGGCCCACGGCCUCUUCAUCCCCAACCGGCCGCGCGUGGUCGCCGGGGGCUUGAAUGCGGUGGAGGAGGCGCUGGAUCUGAAUAAAGUGGGCGUUUCGGGCGAGAAGGUGGUCUUCUGCCCGUCGUCCCAGGGGUAACUCGGACGUCCCGGAAGGACCGCGACGGUCUCGCUAGGAUCAAGGAGAUGUACUGGUAGGCAUCAGUUUCAAUCCAAGCACAGUGGGAGGCCGGGUGGGUUCCCGAGUAGACAAUCGUAUCCGGACAUUUAACGCCCCUUUG